AUGCGUCUCAACUACACUGCUGUUACCCUUCUUACCCCUGCCAGUGCGGCAUCUGAGACCGCGGCCUCCCUGACAGCGGCAGCGGCCGUAGACGAAGAAGAGAGGGGAGUUGCGAUCGCUGGUCUCGAAAACUUGAUUAAAACGGGCGCCAAGAAGACUCAAGUGCAGUGGUGGCUGACCCGGAAGAAGUCCGCGGAGGCCGCGUUCAAGCUCUUCAAUCUCGAAGGCAAGAAUGGACUGUUCGGCAGCUUGGAGUUCCUCGCUUGGGCCAAGUACGUGACCAAACUCGAUAAGAAGAACGCGGGCGCGACAAUGCUUGAGGCUCUGUUGAAGCGCUACGACGAGGCCACGUUGGCAAGAAUGAUCAUUUCGGCGCAGGGCUCGUCCAAGCCGGGGCUGGAAAAAAAUUGCGACGGAGCUGCAAUCGGAGUGCGCUCGGAUACCAUCAAAUCGAAACUGGGAGAACUACCGAAUCAGAAGCUGUGGGCCGCGAAAGACAAAGAGCUUGUGCACGCGUACAGAUACUUCAUCGGUGCGAUUUAA